CCAAACAAGCAGGAAACAGGAAAUGUUCAGGUUUCAGGGAGGCUGAAGCCCAGCGCAGCCCAGCGCAGCAUCAUGCCGGGCCGAGCUGACAGGAAGGCUUCCCGGGCUGCUCUCCUCUUGGCCCUGGCGAUUGUGCUCCUUCCCACCAGCCAGGCUUUGGGGUUUUUUGAGGAGUCAGAGCAGUCAGCAGAUAGAGCCCUGGAACUGGAAGACCAGCAUGAAGACUCUCAUAUUCAGAUGACCACAGCACAGUUCACUUCAGUGACCGCAGAAACAUUCAUUGUAACCACAAAUUUUACCUACAUUGAGGAGGAUGCAGAUCAGUUAGAGUUUAUAUUAAUGGUGUUGAUCCCACUGAUUUUAUUGGCCCUCCUAUUUGUAUCAGUGGUGAUCCUUGUAUCACGCUAUAAAAGGAAAAGAACUAAACAAGAGCCUUCUAUCCAAGGAUCUCAGAGUGCCUUACAGACACAUGAACUGGGAAGUGAGAACAUGAAAGUCCCCAUUUUUGAGGAAGACACACCCUCUGUUAUGGAAAUUGAAAUGGAAGAGCUUGACAAGUGGAUGAACAGCAUGAAUAGAAAUGCUGACUGUGAAUGUUUACCUACUUUAAAGGAAGAAAAGGAAUCAAACCACAACCCAAGUGACAAUGAAUCCUGAAACUGAAUGGUGCUAAUGUUUUCGAAGAGGAGCAGCCCCAGAGGGAGCCUGCCGAGCCUGCCAACGGAGGAUGAAGAGGAUGCAAAUUUAAUUAAUUUCAAAUCAACACAGACACAAGAAUCUUUUGCUGUUCCUUCCAACGCCCACUCUCCCCAACGAUGCCAUCACCUGUACCUGGAAGAAUGCACGAUUGAGAAGCACUAGCAAGAGGCUUGGCUGCCGUCCAUGGUGGCCUCUGAGAGUGGAGAAGCCACGUGAUGUGUUCCCCUCUCCUCAGUGCCCGUUCCCUCCUCUCCGCCAACCUCUAGCUGCCUGUACUCACUCCGUCCACACUCUAGGUCCUUGCUCCCUUUCUGUUUCAUUCCUUGGAAUUUAAAUCAGGAAGCUGGUUUAUGUAUGGCCUCCUUCUGGGUCACCUUGUUACCUAAUUAGCUUUGGAUAAUUUCCUCUGAUUAGUCAAGUCCUCUGAUAGGUCAUCUGCAUUCAGCAGGAACUUUCCUCAAGGCAAGUUACAUCAUGGAAAAGACAGCAAACAAAGCGUGUGUUUCACUGUAUACAUCAUCCCGGGGGGGUUGGGAAGCAUGUGUACCUGCCAAGAAGACAGAGUGAGAGAGUCCACCAUCCUGAGGAGAUGUUCUUUGGUGACUUGUGGACUGUGAGUUGGCCGGACAGACCCCUUGGGCACUUUUCGGAGGAAAAGGAAUCUUCAUUGAAAGAGCGAAAUGAUUUCCGUCUCGGCUAAAAUCACCAGCUUGCUCACAUUUGUCCAAAGCUCACUGUUGCUCUCACCACACCUCCUUUGUGUGUGGUGUGUGAAUAGGACCUGUGCGCAGGGGGUCAUCAUCAACCCUCAAAUAUUUCUGAGAUAUUAAUGGUCAUUUGCAACAGACAGAAUAGGAAUAAGCAGAUACCUGUGCCCGUGGCAGACGUCACUCACUGUACCUUACUGUCAGGCUGGCACAAGCCUUGUGUCCUCGUCGACACAGCUCUCCAGAAGACCACUAUCAGUCCAGCAGAGGUGACAUUCUACACGGUAUUUGUUGACAUUCUUGUACAGGAAGUAAUGGUGCCAAAUGCAGAAAGGCCUGCUUAUCAUUCCCAUUCACGGAAAAUCAAUCUUCACUGAAUCCUUAAUUGUCUAAUUCUGACCUUUAAAGCAAUCUAGCAAAUUGGGAGUCCUUCAGGUCUUCCGCAACACCUGAUAUUGUAUUCCAGGAAAGAAAGAAAGAGUGAAAACUUUCUUCUACUCUCCACACAUAAACUGAGGGGAGAUGAGGGUCCCCAAACAUUUGCUGCUGAAUUUGGGGUCUGGUGUUUGAAAGGCUGCCUUAGUGCAUAAUGAAACUGUCUCUCUCCCUCUUCUCAGAAUCCCUUUAACUGGUACUCACCUUCUGAACUAUUCCCAUAAUUUUAAAGGCAGAGCUCCAAGCCAGGGAGAUCUUUCCACACAAUGAAAGAGAACUAUCUGAUUGUGUUUAACCACUGCUGUUACGCUAUCCUGGGACUUUGUGGAGCCCUGGCAAAAGACACUCUUCGUGGUAUAUAAUUUCAACAGAUUUAUCUGUCAUGUCCUUGUUAGCACAUCCUAAUAAGGCAUUUUUGUUUUCACUUCUGUUCUGCAUAUUCAUAUUCAGCUUGUGGUCCACAGUGACUCUCAGAUAUUUAUGCCAAAAUUGCCAUUUUCUGAAUUGUUGUUUCUCCUUAUUUUGUUACUUUGUUUCUUCUCAACAUUUUGACUUACAGAAGAGUCUUAGAUUGCUUUUUUCUCUCUCUAGGUAUCUAAGAUUUUUGCUGAAUACUUAUGCCUGUAAACUUUAUCCAAGUCUAUCAAACAAUGGACUUAGAAGUUCAGAGAAUGGCAAGGGGUCUUGACAUCUCAUUUUGAUUAAGCAAUAGUUUAUGAUAUGAUAAAAAUAUUCUCAUUCAGUAUUUAAAAUAAUUUUAAGUUUCAGAAGAAGCAAGCCUCCGCAACAUGUCAUUGAAUUUAUGUCUGUAAAAUGUCCUAACCUCUAUAAUUGCACAGUCUACAAGGCAUUUUUUUAGAAGGUAGUUUAUUCUAGCAAGGUAUAUGAACCAAAACAGUGAGGGGUCAAUCCUAGCAUCCUGCAUCUUUUAAUUACUGUUCAAUCAAUAGAUAUCAUAUAUUUAUGAUCAUUUCAAUAAUUGGUUUUAAACCCAAACUCAAUAUUUAUGUUUCAGAUUAUUGUUAGCAAAAAUCACAUAAUUUGCCCUAAUUGGGUAGCCAAUCAGAACAAAAUAUGACUUUAGAAUAUUUUAAAGAUAUGUAAGUUUCACUGCAUUUUUUGUACAUUUUAAGCAAACUAGGUUGACAAUAUUGCCUAGUUAAACUCCUCAGGAAACUUGUUUUAAUAAACAUACAUGAUUAUGGAUCUGUUA